AUGAAUCCUGAGACAAAAAAACUGUUGAACAUCAUUGUUCUAGGAACAGCCUUUAUGUUUAUGUUCACUGCUUUCCAAACAUGUGGAAAUGUUGCGGUAAGUGAAAAUCUAAGCCUACCCCUUCCUACCUUCCCCUGAAUGCAUCCCUUUCCUUUCUUCAUGGUGCUUCAGUCUGGUUAUAUUGUUUUGGGGCUUCAAGCACAUGUAAUGUGAUAACUCUAGUUUUGUUUCUUCUAAUCUCUCUAGAUUCAGAAAUAUUUCUGAAGCUAUCUAGUGCUUUUAGAGAACACAGAAAAUGAUUAGGGCUGGAAUCCUAACCUCAUUGCCUGCAAGGAUAAUAGAUCUCAAUGAGCUUCCAAGUGAAAAACCAUGUGAUUCCCCACACUGUCCUGUGUAGCAUUCAGAUGAUCUUUCAGAACGUAAUGCUGAGGCAUAAUAAUCUUUACUCUGUCUCUGUGUGUGUUCGUGUCUGUGUGAAUGCAAGGCAGAAUAAUCACCAAUUCUAUAGCUCUGCCAGGACUGAUAUAUACCCCCCCCCCAAAUAUCCCAGGAGCAUCCCAGAGGCUUGGGAUUCAUCCCAACAUUCCUCUCCAAACACCACUGGGGAGGAGCCAUGUUAGUGGCCUUUUUAGUGGGAACCAGGGGAAUGGUUCUGGGGGUGGAUGCCACCCUCUGAGGAUGGACCUCUCUCUUUGGCCAAGGAAAGGAAGAUCUGCAAAUUUCUAUGGCCCUGGGACACCCUCCCAUGGACUGUAGGAUUGUAUUCUUAACUGCCAGCACUUGCACAUCUCUUUUCUAGAGAGAAACCCAUGCCUCUCUAGAUGUUGUUGGAGCACAGUUCCUAUCAUCCCUGACUAUUAGCUAUGCUGAGGCUAAUGGGAGAAGGAUUCUAACAACAUUAGGAGGUUACCAUGUUGCCCAUCCCUUUGUGUGAAGUUCCGCUUUUUAUCACUCCACCUCGCCCCAAUCCCAUGCAUGAGGUUUCCUGGGUGUAAGGAGUAGAAUUCAAUGUAGCGCUAAUGAAGCAUACAUACACACAACAUGGUCCAGUCUCACAACAAGACACCCCCCAUGUGCCCCCUAAACCAGUUCUGGGCUUUCAUCCAACCCUCCAGAGCAGAUUUUGGGCGGGCUGGCAGGCAUUUGGGGGGAGGAUGGAGGAAAUUCCUGUUGUUCAAUAAGAUCUUGUUCCAUGCAUGCAACAUCAAUCCUGUCCUCAAUAAGCAGGAGUGUGAGAGAGUUAUUCCCUUCCUAGUUCCCUGUGGAUUAUACGUAAUCAAGGACACUUCCCACUCAUCAGUUAGAAUGUUCCAUUGUAAUCUCAUUAGUGUUACCUGUUCAAAUGUAGGUUUCAGAAUAUCUGUUUGUUAAAGUAAUGUGCAGUUUUGUCUUCAGGAGAAGGGGAGAGAAAAACACUCAGGGAGCUCAGAAAACCGAUGUGCAAAACUCUUAACUUACUCAGGCUAUCAACUUUCGUUUGCAUCCUUGCUUUCUGUGUUGCAACAUUAGUGAUUAUGAAAACCUGUGUUCACGUGCUGAAUGAGUCAGUGCCUUUAUCAAUGAAAAGGAGUAUUACAGUAGCAACUACCUAAUUCAAGGUGUUGCUUUGAAGUUUAAUUAGUGUUUUAAUUGCUGUUACUCUGUAGUUUGAUUUCUAGUUCUGUUAGGUAUCUCAAGUAUUUAUUAUUUUAAAAAAUCUUUAGAUACCAUAUUUUAAUUUUUUAAAAAAUUCUUUCCGUACAGCAAACUGUUAUCACAAAUUUAAAUCACACUGAUUUCCAUGGCAGUGGCUAUACAAGGUACUCUUUUUGUUGCUUUUGAGUCGCACUAUGUACUGGGUUCAGACAUAAUGGAAAACAAUCAUUCUCCCUAUCAAUACCCUGAGUUCCUCCUUUUUUAUUUGGAGGUCCCAAACAGAGUUUCAGAGCUAAGCAUUUCAAGCUAAACAGCUAAUGCAAUGUGUCGGAAUGCUAGUCCCCAUGUGCAAAGCAGUGGAAAAAGUGCAUGAAGAAAACUAGCCUUGCACCGAAGUGUCAAAAAAUAGAAACCCCUCCAUUUUGUCCCCUUAUGUGCAUGCCUCUCUUGUGGGGGAAGGGGGUGGGGGUGAGAAGGCAAGCCAGUGUCUAACUCGAUAUUUCCCUGUCCAUUUCACUGACUCAUAAGGAGUUAUGUAAAUAAAUUGGUGAUAUCCUGCAAAACAAACUCUGCUCGUUACACAGAAGUUAUCUGUCUCUUCCAAAGUUGAAAGUCCUUAACAAAGAAUGUGUUAUAAACACCCAGAAAAAAGUAAGGAUUAGCCUCUGGAUAAGAAGUUACAAUGUGCUAACAGCAUUUCAGCUUAAGAUACAAAUUAUACAUUCCUAGUUAUUUUCAUAUCAUAGUGUGAGGUAAUUGCUAAAAGACAGUAACUCUAAAUUAUGUAAAAAUGCAUAUACAGUGGUACCUCAGUUUAAGAACAGCCCUGUUUAUGAACUAUUCGGUUUACGAACUCUGCAAAACCAGAAGUAAUGUCCUGGUUUGCGAACUUUAACUCGGUCUACGAACGGAAGCCGAACGGUGGAAGGGCACCAGUGGCGGGAGGCCUCAUUAGGGAAAGCGUGCCUCGGUUUAUGAACGGACUUCCAGAAUGGAUUACGUUUGUAAACUGAGGUACAACUGUAUCUGCUUGUUUUGUGAAAUGUAUUCUGUUUCCAUGAUUGAGCUCUCUCAAUUUAUAAUGUUUUGAUGCAAACCAUGGAAGGGAAGAACAAUGAAAAUGGCUAAAAUAAUAAUUGGCAUCCUUUGACUACUAAUGGCUAAAUCAUUGGAUAUGUGUGAAUACAACUUCCUACAUGUCCUGUUUUGUGUUGUUUUUGUAGAGGGACCUAAAAAUUGAUUGGACUGGACCUGAUUCCUUUUGAAAAUCACCCUCAAGAUCUGCUAUUAACCAAGGAUUCCCCUCCUUUUGUGUUGUGAGGUCCAACUCCUGCCUCCCACAUGACUGCUUUUAUCAAAAAUGAAAAGAUGUCGUGUUUGGCCUAGUUCUGAGCCAGAUUUCCUGUUACAUUGCAGAUCUAUGAAGGCAUACAGUCCUGUGUGACAUUAAUUGAUAGAUACAGUUGAGGAAGGCAAAUAAUGGCCAAACUGGACAUUACAUAACUGACCACACUAAACCUCCUGAUGUAUAUUUUGAUCCAGUUCACACUAAAUACAUUACUUCUGGUAAAUGAGCCACCAUAGCUACUAGAGGGCCAUGAAAAUUUGUGUCCCGGGCUUUUUAGACUCAUCUACCCAUGUACUGUCUGAAACCAAAGUGGCACAUUGGUUGCCAUAUGUGAAAUAAGUUGGCAUUAUUUUCAUCUCUCCUACCCCACUAUUAAUACAUUUAAAAAUUCUGAAAUGACAUUGAACGAUAUCCUAAUAUUUAUUAAUAAUUAGUGUUACUUUCCGCAGCAUGGCUGUUAUUUAUGGGGUGUUUUCGGCAUCCAAUCUUAUCUCGCCUUCGGUGGUUGCCAUCAUAGGACCGCAAUUGUCCAUGUUUGUUAGUGGUAUCUUUUACAGGUAAGUCAAAAUAUGUAAGUCCUUGAUGUUUCCUUCUGGCUGUCUACCUUUUAUUCAUCUACCUUUGGAAGGCUUAUUGUUCUCAUGUGCAGCAUCAGCAAGUGAGGAACUGAGGAACAUGAGAUAGUGGUUAGUGUGUUGACUUUGGACACAGGAUGUACAAGUUAAAAUCCCUGUACAACCAUGAAUCUCACUUGGAAGCCCUGAUCAAGUCAUCUUCUCACAGCUUAAAUCAACCUCUUGGGGUUGCUGUGAGGCUAAUAUUUUAAACUGAGCUUCUUGGAGCGGAGUACAGUGUAAGAAAAUAGUGGUUGUUAGAUUGCAUGAUUGAAACAGCAUAUCAUGAUGUGCUUUAGUGAUAUGUAAAACUUUCAGAUAUAUUGAGCUGCAGUAUUGUUUGCAGUUGGAGUAAGAAAUUGACUUUAAUAUAAUAUAAACUAUUGCAGUUGUAGCAUCAGCAAUUUUAAAACUGAAUCCCAUACAUUGCCAUCUUUUCAGCAUAUAUAUUGCCGUUUUUAUCCAGCCUUCUACUUGGAGCUUCUACACAGCCUCUGUUUUCCUUGGAAUAGCAGCUGCUGGUAAGCCUUUUCUCACCACACCUUGGUUCUCGUGGAACUUUAAAGCAUAGUGUAGCACUAAACUAUGGUUUUAACAAAAUGUGUGAAUGAGGCCUUUCUGUAUGCUGUUCCCCACUUUGUAUCAGAAAGAUCUAGGAAUGUUUAGGUGGGACGUAGGUUCUUGGUAGGAUCUUGAGAUUGAGGCCAAGAUGCCCAGAGCAUAUAUUCUAGGCACAUAAUUUGCCCUUUGGAAUUGUUGAUUUUUUUUCCAUCUUCCCCAUCUUCUUUGCUUUUGAAACUCCUUUCAGUUUAAAAAGAGAUGUGCUAUGUAGCAUGAGGAUAUCCUGUUUGAGACGACAAAGUCAAAAGCUCCUUUGGACAUGCAGAAGAACUAUGAAUCCAAAUUUGAAUCCAAAUUUUAGUGUUUCUGUUUUUAAAAAGCUCUUUAGUGUCCCCACUUCUCUAGUAAUGAUAGUUGUAAAGAAACAUUAGAGAACUUUUAUACCUGCUAGUUUGGAGCUGGAAGAAGAAUGAAUGAAAACAAAGUUGAAUGUAAAAGAUCCCCAAAAUUAUUCUGUUAGCAAAUCUCUUGAUUUCUUAAGCUCCGCCUUUAAAAAUUAAAAGAAGUUUGUGAUCCUUGAUGUUCCAACUUAGUAGGAAUCCUAAAAGCCAAGUGAGAUGUUAUAUUAAAUGUGUCACAUGUUAUGUGUUUCUUUUAGAAUUGCUAACAGCCAGUGUGUGUGUAUUAUUUUUUUUAACUGUUGCAUCAGGGGAAGAAAGGGCUAAACUCCAUCUCCUUGGCACCAUGGUCUCAACAAGUUCUCUGUGCCUCCGAUUAUGAAUUAAGAUGCAAAAGGCACAAGAACAAGUGACAUGGCUAGUUUGGCUUUAAGCACGCGACAGUACGUUUGUUGCAUUUUUACAGCUCAAGCUGAGAAUUAUCAAGUUGGUAUAUCUUGAAAAUGAAAUAUUUACACAAAGCAUACACUCAGGCAUGGAUAUGGCUUAUGUGAAAGGUUCCCACAGGAAUUAUUAUUAUUAUUAUUAUUAUUAUUAUUAUUAUUCCCUUAGGCUGCAAACCUAACACAUUAUCUAGAAAGCAAGCCCAGUUGAAUUUAGAGAGAUUUACUUAGGAUCACCAUGUUCAAAGUAGGUAGCAUUAUAAUUAACUUGGGUUUUUUUUGCUGUGUCAUUUGGAGAUGCCCUGAAGUGGUACUCAAAGUCCAGAUUAGAAAUAUGACCGUAGCUGAAGUGGCAUCCACUCUGAAAGUCAUACCUUAUGCAUCUUAAAAAGUAUAUAUGAUUCAGAUUUGUUGCUGCCAGCAGCCUGUGAUAAAUCAGAAACUAACCCUUAGUGCCGCAGAGGCUGGCUGCGUUGCCAGCAAGUGGAGAAAUGCCUAGAAUACCUUCUAGUAAUGUUUUAUGUUAUUUGGUAUAUAUUAAUUGUUGAUGCUUGCAAGUGUGUAAUUAUUUUCACAUUUUGAAGCUGGGUGAUAAAUGUUGUUUCACACAUGGCAACAAAUUCUAUUUGGUAUUUGAGAUUUGUUGAUGCUUGCAAAUGUGUCAUUAUUUUCACAUUUUGAAGAUGGAGGAUAAGUGUUGUUUCACACAUGGCAACAAACUCAGCAAGGAGCUGCUGCCAAUUCCAACCUUGUAGCAUAUGAAGUAUGAUAUUUGUGUUUCAGACAGAACUUUGUUACAUUCACGCUUGACAUUUUUAUUAGUACACUUAAAAACAUCUUGGUUAUAGUCCUAAAAAUCUGUGAAGUGGCCCAAAUAGGCAUCUUAAGAAUACUAACUACCCUGGGCCCACAGACACAAGACACACAUAAAAUGUCAGCAAAUCCUAGAUAACUUUCUUUCCUUGUUUACCUGUGUUCUGAUUUAAAUUUCAGUAUUGUGGACUGCUCAGGGAAACUGUCUGACAAUAAAUUCCAACGAAAACACCAUUGGCAGAAACAGUGGCAUCUUCUGGGCAUUACUACAAUCCAGGUAGGAAACAAAAUUAUCACCCUUAUAUCUACCGAAUACGAUCUUGACCUCUCCCUACUUGUUGUUUUUUGUUGUUGUUGUUGGUAAAAAGCCAAUAAAUAUUUUGUCUGUCUAUCUACCUGGCACUUGUUAGCUUUUUUAGAGAAUGCUGCACUUGUGUCAUUUAUCACCAAAUGUCUAGUUUUAUGAAUUCUGUCUCUUCUGAAAUAUCCGUAGUUAAUUGGAACAAAAAAAUUGCAGUUCAGUAGCAAUUCUGUGCUCACUCAUUUUCUUCCAAGAAAAUAUGGCUAGGAUUGGGUUGAAUAACCGCUUCCAGACCAUUUUGUGUUCCAAAAUGCUUAUUUAGAAAUGGUCUUCUAUAUUGGAAGGAGUACUUUGCUCUAAGGCUGUUCUGAGUCAACAUCAUUUCUGUGUCAUGGGAAAUGAUCUGCCUUGUUCCUGUAGGCUAGCACUAAGAAUUUCCCAUGAACUUAGCUAGUGCCCUGGCAUCUGAAGGGAAGUAGUCAGAAAUUCAGGGAAGGCUGCAGAGUAUGCUGCCUGGCUUAUGUGAUCAGUCUUUUAUAUAAGCUUUAUUCCAGCCUUUCGUGACACUAACCCACAAAACCGCUGUCGUGUUCACACCUGCAUAUGGUCGUCACUUGCCCCUAGAAGAGGAAAAUAACCAGUUGCCUUCCAGUUCAUGCAAGCUUCCUUGUCUGAUUGACUGGAAGGCAAUUCCUAUUCAUUUUUUAGACAACCUGCUUUAUCUGGGAGGCACGCUGGCUUUGAAAAAAAAUAUUCUCAUUCUUAUAUGUUGUCCAUCUAACUGGGUUGUCCUAGCCACUCUGGGUGGCUUCUAGCAAAAUAUAAAAACACAACAAAACAUCAAACAUUAAAACCUUCCCUAUACAGGGCUGCCUUCAGAUGUCUUCCAAAAGUCAUAGAGUUGUUUAUCUGUUUGACAUCUGGUGGGAGGGCAUUCCACAGGGCGAGCACCACUGUCAAGAAGGCCCUCUGCCUGGUUCUCUGUAACUUCACUUCUCGCAGUGAGGGAAUUGGUAGAAGGCCCUUGGAGUUGGACCUCUGUGUCUGGGCUGGGUGAUGGGGGUGGAGAUGCUCCCUGUUUGCUUUUUAAUGAGUAGACCCCUGAUUUAAAUUUGUCCAACAAAUGUCAAGAAGUCUUUAGAAUGUUAGUUUUUAGUGUGAGUUGAUAUAGCGGCUAGUGGGGAUUUGAAUCCCCACCAGGAGGGAGUUAAAGAGUCACGGUGCCAACACUGAGAAGGUCCUGUCUAUCACAUGUCCCUGCCUGAUGUUGUGCACAGGAAGCAGGGGCUGUGAGGUAGGUCAAGUUCCUGUGUGAGUGGGCAGUUGCCAAGGUAACUGGUCCCUAAGCUGCCAAUUAAUUAAUUAAUUAAUAAGAUACCGACAGCUUUAUUUUUUUAUUAAUUAAUUAAAAACAUUUACAAACUGCUUAACAUUUUUAAAAAUCUCCAAGUGGUGUACAAUAUAAAACAUUAAUACAAAAACUCCCUAUAAAACAAAGUUAUAAAAGGAUAUAAGAAUAAGUAAAACAGCAAUUCAGGGAAUAUGAACAUAUAAAACAGGGCCCAAUUUCAUGAGUCAGGGAAAGCCUGGUCAGAAAGGUAAAGUUUUCACAAGAUGUCUGAAGAAACCGAUGCUUGCUGAUUCAUAUAUGGCAGAGUUUAGAGGUUUAAAGGUCAUCACCAGUAGUAUAAACUGAGCCCAGAAACAAGUGCCCCCCCGGAAUUAACUCAAAGAUCUGGUGGUGGUAGAAAAUGAAGAAAGAUGAGCAAUGAUAUAAGCAGAUCCUGACAAAAUUCAUUCUUCUUUUGGAUCAGUUUUUGUGAUGUAGAUGUAUAUCACCAUUGUUGGAAGCAACUUGUUGGGUCCUUUAUCCAGCCAAGAAGUAUUCUUGCCUUAACUUUGUUACACUUUUUGUGUGGGUGUAGCAAGAGAACAAAGAGAACAAGCUCUUUGUUAUCUUAUGUUGUCCAGGUAUGUUCAACUAUGCCUGGAAAGCCAACAUAAUUUAACUUUUUACAAGGAAAUCCUUGGGCUUGUUUCAGCUUCACUAGGAUUUGCAGUCUUCUGACAGUGUAAAUUGCAGUCUGCAUUUCCCCCCUUCUUUUGCGAUUCAAGUAGCUUGCUUAACCAGUAAUGUGCUUUCUUUUGUUCACAGUUUGUUUUUUGGAAAUCUAUAUAUAUACUUUGCCUGGCAAGGGAAACUUCAUAUAUCAGGUUGGCCUUUUUAAUAUAUCCUUUUUUUUAAGGUAACCAGGUUGUGAAUGAAAUAAUAAGGGGAAAUUGCUAGGUUGAUGAGGGGACAAACAAAAUUAAAAAAGCAGUGGAGAUAGCCGCAGCUUAUUUUAAACAGUAUUUUAAAAGUCCUUGGAGACUAUUUUUAACUUCAUGUGUAGCAGCAUAAUUGUAAACACUACAGUGCUUCCCUUCUGUUCGCUGUAUUUUUGUUCCAUGUGUACAGCUGGCUCGUAUUCCCGUCUAUGCCUUCAAACUGUGAUCCUCGCUGAAACAAAUCUACUUUGACAUAUAUCUGGGUGUUGCUUAGCUUCCUCUUUUAUUGACCUUGCCUUGACCCUUUGGGUCCCUUCCAACUCUACAGUUUUGUGAUUAUAUGAUUCCAUGUCUCGGUGUUUUAUCAUUCCAACCUCAAAAAAGCACUGCCAUCCUUGAACUUCCCUCCUACAUUCCUCUUGCUCUGACUCCCAGAUUCUGCAACUGAGCUCAUGCCAGUUUUUACAAGCUUCAAUAACGUUUUGCAUUUAUUUAGUCUGUGAAUCAGAUGUGAUACAUUAGCUAGAAUUCACAGUUGAUUUUGAAAUUGAAUAAAGCUCAGAAUUAAAACACGCUACUGGCAUGUGGUUCCCAGAAAGUUACUCAGAGGGAACUGGCCCUUGGGUUGAAAAAGGUUCCCCACUUCUAUGGUAUAGAUAACUUUGGAUGUAGAACUUGAGUUUCAUAGAUGGAGAACUUGACUAGUACAUGGGAGAGUGCACCUUAUUUUAUAUGCUGUAUUUAAUCACAGCACAGAAAUGUCCUAGGUAUAGAAUGAAUGGAUAUGCUAUUGUUGGUUUAUGAAGUUGACGCACACUUCUUUUUCUUUCCCAGAAAACGACCGUAGGACUGUCUUCAUUGCUCUGACGGUGAUUAGUCUUGUGGGGACCGUUCUGUUUUUUCUCAUUAGGACCCCAGAAGAAUCAAAUUCAGAGGAAGAAGAAGCUGAUGCCUCUACUGACAACCUCAUAGAACGCACGUAAGUGUUUAUGGCUAUCCGACUCCUGAAUCUGUAUGCUUAGCCAUUUCUACUCCUCUGUGAAUAAGAUAGAUAACUAAUUUGUAUUACGAAGGAUGGUUAUGCACACUGUCCUCACAGGUCACACUAUAUUUUUCCAUUAAUCAAUUUGUUUUAGGGGGGACUAGAGGAGUUUGUGGGAAAGACUCCACCUAGCAGUUCGAAAGCACGUCAAAGUACAAGUAGAUAAAUAGGCACUGCUCCGGCGGGAAGGUAAACGGCGUUUCCAUGCGCUGCUGUGGUUCACCAGAAGGGGCUUAGUCAUGCUGGCCACAUGACCCGGAAGCUGUACACCGGCUCCCUCGGCCAGUAAAGCAAUAUGAGCGCCGCAACCCCAGAGUCGGCCACGACUGGACCCAAUGGUCAGGGGUCCCUUUACCUUUAAUGUGACACUAAUUCAGGCUAAAGUGUGUGGCUAAAGUAAGAAUUAAGUCCUUCUGAUACUUUAGGAGUUACUAUAGAGUGCAAUAGUCAUUCAUCUGGGCAGCAGAAAUUAACUUGGGUUUGGGUAGAAACAUAAUAAACAACAUAAUGGCCAUCCAUAACAUAAUAUCAGUAAAAUACAACAGUUCAGAGGCAGCUUGCUGGCUGGGGUGCAGCUGCUACACGAGCUUCUUGGCAGGUGGGUUUGCUGUUGCGUAGUGGGAGAUAGAGAAGGAGUGGUGAGGAGGUCAGCAGAGUGCAUAUGCACCAGCAGAGCCAACCUGGCACACCUGCUGGUGUGUUUGCACUGCACUGACCUCCCUGCCACCUUACGCUUCUCCUGUUAUAAGCAGUCGUGACUCACCCACCAGGAAGCGAGUGGAGUGGUUUCGCCCCAGCCGGCGAGCUCAUUCUGAAAUAUGGCUAAUAAUCAUAAGCAAUACAUAAAAAGUAGUUUGUUUCUGAACAAGUUAUUUCCCAUAUUGGUAUGGUAAAAAUUUUAAUCGCAUUGUUGUAUAAAGAAUAAUAAUCAUGACAAAUUUGCCAUUUGUAAAUUUAUUUUCUCACUUUAAAUAAACGUUUGUUUUAACCAGGUCUGGCCAAAGCAACAUGACAAGGGCCGUCGAUGCAUUUAGUAAGUAA